GGAUAAGUAAAUGUACUUUAUUUGCUAUUAUGAAAAACAAACUUGAAAACUUCUGUCUUAUUUUCCAGAAUAAAUUUUACAUAGAAACCAAGCUUAACAGAGACUUAAAAGAUGACCUUAUAAAGCUGUUUACGGAACAUGUUGCAGAAAAGCACAUUUACAACCUAAUGCCUUUACUUUUGGAAGCUCAGUCAACGCCGUUUCAAAUAACUCCUUCAACCAUGGCAAAUAUUGUGAAAGGCCUGUAUACACUACGACCAGAAUGGGUACAGAUGGCACCAGCUUUAUUUUCUAAAUUCAUCCCAAAUAUUCUGCCACCUGCUGUGGAGUCUGAACUUCAGGAAUAUGCUGCUCAAGACCAGAAACUUCAGAGAGAGCUUAUGCAGAAUGGUUUUACUAGAGGUGACCAGUCACGCAAGAGAGCUGGAGAAGAGUUAACUUACAAUGGCUCAUCAACUUGUGCAAGCUCCAGGGGGUACAGAUAGUGAAUAUACUGGAUCAGCCUCUAUUCCUAGCCAGAACAGACACUGGAGGAGCGCAGGUGGUAUCCGGAGCCUCCUUUGGCAACUGCUGAUACUCGAGCUCUGACACGAACUAUGCCUCAAAGAAGAGUUUUGGACUUUCUUCUUUAUAUAAUAAAAUGUCAGUUGCUGCUACAAUUGGGAUGACUUUGAAAGACAUGUUUCCUUGGUCUAGCCUAUCGACAAGUUCAUGUUCUGUGAUUUUUCUGUGAGGAAUGCACCUUGAAAAACAAUCCUUUCAAAGUGGAAAUGGGCAGCGAAAUCAGCAGCUUCCAAAAGUGUUAGAAUGGAAGAAUCUCUUUUUUGCACUCUUUUCUUAAUAUUAAGGACAUUCUUAAAACUAGUUAACACAUCAGUGUAUUAGUUUUUAAACUUUAAGGUAUUUUCUGGAGCUUUUACUUAAUAAGAAUAAAGUUUCAUUAUUUUGCA